GCGGCGGCGGCGGCGGCAGGAUGAAGUUCGCCGAGCACCUCGCCGCGCACAUCACGCCCGAGUGGCGCAAGCAGUACAUCCAGUACGAGGCUUUCAAAGAGAUGCUGUAUGCAGCUCAGGACCAGGCCCCUUCUAUAGAAGUCACAGAUGAGGAUGCAGUGAAAAGGUAUUUUGCCAAGUUUGAAGAGAAGUUCUUCCAAACCUGUGAGAAAGAACUUGCCAAAAUCAACACUUUCUAUUCAGAAAAGCUUGCGGAAGCUCAGCGCAGGUCCGCCACCCUCCAGACGGAAUUGCAGUCCACUUUGGAUGCGCAGAGAGAAGCCAGUGGGAUUUCCACGUUGCGGCAGCGCAGAAAGCCGGUCUUCCACCUGUCCCAUGAGGAGCGUGUCCAGCAUAGGAAUAUCAAAGACCUGAAACUGGCCUUCAGCGAGUUCUACCUCAGCCUCAUCCUGCUGCAGAACUAUCAGAACCUGAACUUCACUGGCUUUCGCAAGAUCCUAAAGAAGCAUGACAAGAUCCUGGAGACCUCACGAGGAGCAGACUGGCGGGUGGCCCAGGUGGAGGUGGCACCAUUCUACACUUGCAAGAAAAUCAAUCAGCUUAUCUCUGAAACAGAGGCAGUGGUGACCAACGAGUUAGAAGAUGGAGAUAGGCAGAAGGCUAUGAAACGCUUGCGUGUGCCACCUUUGGGAGCAGCUCAGCCUGCCCCAGCCUGGACUACGUUCCGGGUUGGAUUGUUCUGCGGAAUAUUCAUUGUCCUGAACAUCACGGUCAUACUUUCAGGUGUGGUUUUUAUAGAUGGACCAAAUGUGUGGCCACUGGUGAGAAUCUAUCGAGGUGGCUUCCUCCUGAUAGAAUUCCUGUUUCUCCUGGGCAUCAACACGUAUGGCUGGAGACAGGCCGGGGUGAACCAUGUCCUCAUCUUUGAGCUCAAUCCCCGCAGCAACUUGUCCCAUCAACAUCUCUUCGAGAUUGCUGGAUUCCUUGGGGUUCUGUGGUGCCUGAGCCUGCUGGCAUGUAUAUAUGGUAAAUUCACCUACAUCCCUAUGCAGGUGAAUCCACUCAUCCUCUACGGCUUCAUGUUGCUUUUUCUCAUCAACCCCACCAAAACCUUAUACUACAAGUCCCGAUUUUGGCUGCUCAAACUAUUGUUUCGGGUGUUCACGGCUCCCUUCCACAAGGUGGGCUUUGCGGACUUCUGGCUGGCUGACCAGCUCAACAGCCUGGCGGUGAUCCUCAUGGAUCUGGAGUACAUGAUCUGCUUCUACAGCUUCGAGCUUCAGUGGGACAACAGCGCUGGACUGCUGGCAAACACAGAUAAUCAGAUUUGUAACAGCUACUCCUACGGAGUGAGAGCAGUUGUCCAGUGCAUCCCUGCUUGGUUGCGAUUCAUCCAGUGCCUGCGUCGUUACCGCGAUACCAAACGGGCCUUCCCUCAUCUGGUUAAUGCUGGAAAAUACUCCACCACCUUCUUCAUGGUGACGUUUGCAGCCCUCUACAGCACUCAUGCAGCUAAAAAACACAGUGAUACCCAAGUGUUCUUCUAUCUGUGGAUUAUCUUCUAUUUCAUCAGCUCCUGCUAUACCCUUAUUUGGGAUCUGAAGAUGGAUUGGGGUCUUUUUGACAAAAAUGCUGGUGAAAAUACCUUUCUUCGAGAAGAGAUUGUCUACCCACAGAAAGCAUACUACUAUUGUGCCAUUGUAGAGGACGUGAUCCUGCGUUUCGCCUGGACCAUCCAGAUCUCCCUCACUUCCAUGCAAAUUUUUCCAUAUGCUGGGGACAUAAUUUCCACGGUCUUUGCCCCACUUGAGGUUUUCCGACGAUUUGUGUGGAAUUUCUUCCGGCUGGAGAAUGAGCAUCUGAACAACUGUGGUGAGUUUCGUGCCGUGCGGGACAUCUCUGUGGCGCCGCUCAAUGCCGACGAUCAGACACUCUUGGAGCAGAUGAUGGACCAGGAAGACGGUGUCCGAAACCGCCAGAAGAACAAACAGUGGAAGCGCAGUCAAAGCGUGUCCUUGCGCAGACCUCGACUGGCUUCGCAGUCCAAGGCUCGUGACACGAAGGUAUUGAUAGAGGACACAGACGAUGAAGCAAACACAUGAAAUGGCCACAGUCUUUUAUUCCGCAUCCCUUAUUUUCUCGUUCUAUUCCCCUCUUCCCCAAGUAACCCAAUCUCUGGUACAGUUCCAGCUGAAACAGGAGAAAACACUGAACAUGUUUUCCGAGCUCUUCCAGACCGGAUCCUAUGGACUCCAACAAGCUCACUGUGUUUUGUUUCUUUUCUUCUGGGUUGAUUUUGAUUUUCUAUUUUAAAAAUAAAACAUUUUACUUCGUUUUGCCAAUCAAGAGGACAGUUCAGGAGAGAAGGAUUGUUUACAGUCUCAACAAGGACAUACAAACCUAUCUGGAUGAAGAAGCAUCAUAGGGACUCCCUAAUGGGACAGUGCCGAGACCAUGCUCGGGUUCUGCUUGGCCCGGUUUUGACUGGUUGAAACCGGACUUAGGUUUUUAAAUUUGAUUUUUUUUUUGGUUUUGUUUUGUUUUUUUCCUUCAUAUCCAGCGCUGAGGCACUGGCUGCACUUGCAGGGAAAGUGCACUUAGAGCAGUAUCUUCAUUCAUGAAGCUACUUUUUAAUUUGAUGUAACUUUUCUUAUAAUUUUUGGAAAUAUGAUGUAUCUGUUGCAUAUAGUUUUCUCAUUAUUUAUGAAACUUAACAACCAUAUGAGAGUGAUUUUUGAGUCCUGUGCAAUGAAGGUUGUAAUGGUAAAGCAAAGCCAGGAAUGUAGAUUUAGAUCUCUAGGGUUAUGGGGUUAUGCCCUACAACUACCCUUAUCAUGAGACAAUUUGCACCCUUGUACCUUUUCUCUCUUACUUUCUUUUCAAUUUUAUUUUAAACCAAAGUUUCUAAUUUUUAGUUGCUGCUGCUGCUUCAGAUGCCUGGGCAUAUCUCACGUGCCAGUUCAUCCCCAACUUCCCAUGCAGCUGUGUGAAAGUAGUGCAAUGAUCCUGUAACCUUUUUGAAGAAGAGUUAGGUCCUACCAGUAGUAAAAGCAGUUAGAAAAGCUAAGGGUGGAGAACUUCAUAGUCCACAUCAAAAGCUCUUUUUUUUUCUCCAAAGCCUUAAUAUUCACUGGAUAAAGCGAGGGCACGGUCCAUCGCGUGCCAAGCGGGGAGCUUUCCUGGCGUUCUCCUACAGCUCUGUACAGCGAAGGCCGAGUGGGGCAAGGUGAGGACCUUGGGGCUGGGAUGGGCUUUGCUUCUGGGGUGGUUGUGCUCUGGGUCACUGCCCCGGAGCAAGUGAGAGCUGAAACUCUUGAAGUGGGAUCCUCUUGUCGAUGCCUGUCCGUGGCCUUGUGUCUAGUUUCAACCCAGGAAUGGUGGGAGUCCCUGCGUGGCUGCUGACCGGUUAUUUUUCUUCGUUAGCUAAGAGCACGGUUGCUCCCAUCACUGGUGCGUCACCUUUUCUCACUUUACCUGCUGUGCCUCUUGCCCAGAGGAACUGAAGAAGGAAACUUAGUUCUAUUCAUUUAUUUUUCCAAAAAAGAUCAGUAGAACUCGGGUGGCAGUGAACCAGUGCCCCUUGACCGAACCAGGGCGUCGCUGCGCAGUGGCGCCCGCCAGCUCGUGGGUGACCCGCUGCGACCGCGGCCAGUUGCUGCGGGGCCCGGCCCUCGCGGCUGCGCUGCCCGCGCUCGUGUCGUGGUGCCGGAGCAGCU